AGCUCUUUCGGGUCAAAUAUGCUGCUUGGUAGUCACUAACGCCUCCGCUCUCAGCAGCGGCUUGAGCCGAAGGAGCGACGCUCCGAGGUCGUCCUCGAUUGAGACUGGAAGAAAUUUCUGAGCACUGCAUCAUAAAGAGCAGCGUGCAAGUCUUUUGGGAGGUGCCAGGCCGUAGUGGAACGAGUGGGUGCUUCUGAGCCCGUUGGAACUGCCUCCUUUGUUUUAACCUUCACUCAUGACCUUGAAACCAGGCACUAAGGGAGUUCUGCACCUGUGUGCAGACUGUGAGGAGCCCCGAUGGAGAGAAGCUCUCGUCAUAGGUGUGCAGCAUCCGUGGUUGCAGGCUUUGGUCAGAAGCAGCAAAGAGGAGGUAGCCAAGACUGGUCUUUCAUGCAUAGAACUGAACGACACAACGUUUUGCAUGGUGGAAGCCGAAUUCCAUCACCUUCUGUCUGCAGUGGCCAGCGAUGUCAUGAGUCUUGGGACCAACCCCAAGGAGUCCAAGGAGAUUUUGAAGUUGGGCCAGGAGGCCGUUGCAGGGUCAGACGAAGAUCUGCACUAUGCAACUGCAUCCGAGCCAAAGCCAGCUUCGACGGCCUUUCAGAAGCCAAAGAAAGCUGCACAGGCGUCCUCAUCCUCAGAGGACAGUUCAGAACUGGGUGUGGGGGCGCUCGCGCAGCUGAAAAAGAGUUGGCUCGGCAAUGGCACAAACGACGAAAAGAGAGUCAGCUCCAAAGACCAAAAGCCGUCAAGCAAACGACAUUCGAAGAGGUUUGCCAUGAUAGAGAAGAGCCGAGACAGUCAGAUCCACUUCGAUAACCCUUGCUUAAGUAAAACCCAGAUAAGCUUGGAUUAAAUAAACCCAGGUCAGGCUUCAGAAAACUGGCAUUGCGAUCAGGUUUCAGAGAACUGGCAUUGCUCCGAGCGUAUCACCCUUGGCCAUUGAGGCCAACAACACUUUCAGGUGCGCCCCACA